AUGGGCAACUUUUGCAAGGCGAGCAAGCUUCUAGUAGCUGCCCUCGCCAGCAUUGGCAAUGGAAAGCCUCUUUCCGAAAACAGCACCACCACCCGGCCGCAGCAGCCCGCGAGCUCGGCCUGCGGACAGCGCCCGCUGCUCGAGGACUUUGACUCGCUCGGCGCGUGGUUCGAGGGCGUCAACUCCAUCAACUGCACCUCCGUCCCGCGUCGGGACAACGUCACCAUCGCCAUCGUCGGCGCCGGCGUCUCCGGCCUCGCCACUGGCCUCCUGCUCGACAGCGUCGGCGUCCACAACUGGGAGAUUAUCGAGGCGAGCGGGCGCGUCGGCGGCCGGUUUCGGACCAAGUUCGUCGGCGGCACCGCCGAGUACGCCGAGAUGGGCCCGAUGCGGCUGCCCUGGAGCAUCACCUACAAGAGCGACAACUCGACGCACGCCUACACGGACCACCGCAUGACCUUUCAGCUCGCCGACACGCUCAACCGCAUCAACGGCGACGACCCGCGCCUCCGCAUCGACUUCAUCCCCUGGGUGCAGCACCACCCCAACGAGCUGCUCGCCCGAGGAACCGGCCGUCUGCGCUCCCCCUCCGGCGGCGUCGACCGCGUGCCCACCCGCGCCGAGGUCGCCGCCGACCCGGCCGCGCUCGCCAAGCCGCCGCCGAUGGACACACAGGAGUACCGCGACGUCAAGGGGAAGAUGAACGCGCUCCUGCGCCGCGAGGAGACGCUGCGCUUCAUCCAGCGCGACGUGUGGCGCGCCCACGCCUGGGCCAUGGGCCAGGGGCUCGACGACCUGAGCGAGCAGGCGUGGAUGCGGGAGCGGUUCCGCGCGGGCGAGAACGUGACCGACGCCAUCUGGACGGAUUCCGACUACGACGUCUUCUGGGACGAGCUGCACCACAACUCGAACCUCGCGCAGGACGGCUCCGCGGGCGCGCUGGGCGAGACGGAGUGGAAGUGCGUCGACGGCGGCUUCGACCGCAUCACCGAGGCCUUCGUCCCGCACGUGCACGACCGGCUGACGCUGAACCGCAAGGUCCGCAAGAUCGCCCCCGUGUACGACGGCUCCGGUCGCCAGCAGACGGGCACGCGCGUCUCGUGGUUCCCGAGCGUGGAGGACCGCACCCCGGUGCACAAGGACUACGACUACGCCGUUGUGGCGGUGCCCUUCACCAUGACGCGCUUCAUGGAGCUGCCGCCGUUCUCGUCCGUGCUCGGGCGCGCCAUCAGCGAGGCCGGCCUGCGCUUCAAGUCGGCCUGCAAGCUGGCGCUGCUCUUCUCCGAGCGCUUCUGGGAGCGCGGCCCGCGGCCCAUCUUCGGCGGCUACUCGCAGCCGGCCUCGAACGCCGUCGGCGCCCUGUACUACCCCGUCUACGGCCUCAACGAGACCGGCCGCCCGGGCCUGAUCACGCAGUACCGCGGCGGCGACUGGAGCGACCGCUUCGUCAGCCUGAGCGACGACGAGUAUGCGGGGAUGGUCCUGGACGCGGUGGUAAGUUUGCACGGCGAGCAGGCGCGCGAGAGCUACACGGGCGUGUACGAGAAGCUGUGCUGGCUGCAGGACCAGCACGCGGCGGCGGCGUGGUGCCGUCCGGACGUGGAACAGCACCGCCUGUACAUUCCGGCGUACCACCGCACAGAGUUCAACACAAUCUUCAUCGGCGAGCACACGGCGCCGACGCACGCGUGGAUCAGCUCGGCGCUGCAUUCGGCGGUCCGCGGCACGGUGCAGCUGCUGCUGGAGCUCGGCAUGGUGGACGAGGCGAAGAAGGUCAACAAGGAGUGGAUGGGCCAGUGGAUUCACGGUGCGUAA